AACGCGAAGCCCAGUGCUUGUUUAUCGUCUGCCUGCCUCCACUGGACAGCCACUAUUCCUGAGGGCGACUGAAAGUUGAACUACUUACGGGGAAGGGCCUCAAGUUGUAUGGUUUCGUAUGCAGUAAUAACUUUACAUCCACAGACAAUAGGCAGUGAAGCUAUGCGUAAAUACGAGGUGGCAUUAGCGCACACCGUUCAGCUAGCAUGCGAGGUAAGUUCUGCGUUUAAAACUAUGAUCUAGUUCUAGUCAGCUAAAGUAGCACGCACUCUAGUUGGGUAGAGUAGGCGGAGUUGACACCUGUGAACAGUCAUAGCCAUAGCCAUAUGUGCAGUCUAGCAGCACGGCAAGUGCUUCUUCAUCACUCACUGCUUUGUUGUUUUGGUGUCAAACACACACGUUGCUUAAAUUUCUCAUGUUAACGGUAGAGGGCAUGUGAGGACAUGCAAGGUGGUGUGUGUCAGUUACGUUGACUGCGUCAGAUGAGGGCAGGCAGUGCUCAUGGAAUUUAAUGUAAGCUAACAUUAGCUCUGAGCAACAGGUCAACCUCUUCUGUGUGAGCCCCAACAUCAUGAAAACUGCCUUGCGGCGUGUUAGUGUAAAGAUUUACUUGUAGAGAUUUUCUGGGUCAGGCUCCUGACUUUUGACGGCUUCACACUGUCUGCUGUGUCUACGUUUUGAAACCAGUAGGUUUCUCCAUUGAACUAGCAUAAGGUACAACUCACGCCAUCCAACUACUGGCGACAAGAUAAGCGUAGUUGUCAUUAAUCUGUAUUGUUUUAGACAGAGAAGGUAAACAAAAGAUAACAUGCGUUUGUUGUGAGAACAGGGGCUUGGAUAGCUAUUAGCCAGACACAUGCCAUUCAACAUGUGAGUUACACAUAGUGCUGCACAGUUUGUGGUGGAACUGUAAGAUAACAUUGCCAAAGCACAUUUAAUCGUUGCAGUCGAAGGAUACAUUUCCAUCGGAAGAAUGAGUUGUCAAAGUUUCAGGAGACUGACAAGGUUUAGUCGUCCAGUGGUUGCGUUGCUCGGUGGAGCCUCUCGGUCGGGCAAAACUAUGAUGCUGCUCGCCACACGCAAUGUCACUACGCCGGCUGAUGGUGGCUUCUUGCCAUCCAAAGUUGCAGUUGUAACGAAAACUACGAGAUAUGAGUUCGAGCAACAAAGAUACCUGUAUUCUGGACUCUCAGAGGAGGACCUGAAACAACUGCUUGCACUAAAAGGAUCCAGCUACAGUGGACUCCUGGAAAGACACAACAUCCACACGAGCAAUGUCGAGCACAUUGUAGAAAACUUGAGGAAAGAAGGCAUUGAGGUGCGCGUGGUGAAGAGAGGAGAGUACGACGAAGAGAUUGUGCAAUGGGCAGACGCCAUCAUCUCAGCUGGAGGGGAUGGAACCAUGCUGCUAGUCGCCAGUAAGGUGUACGACAAGAACAAGCCUGUUUUUGGUGUGAACACGGAUCCUGAAAGGUCAGAGGGUCAUCUGUGUUUACCAGUGCGCUACACUCAUGCCUUCCCCGAGGCCUUGCAGAAAUUGCGGAGAGGAGAGUUCAGGUGGCAGUGGCGCCAGCGGAUACGACUGCAUCUGGAGGGCACGGGCAUCAACCCCACACCUGUGGACCUGCACGAGCAGCAGCUGAGCCUGGAGCAGCACAACCAGGCCCACCGCAUCACCAACCUGACCGACAACCGUAAGAGUGAUAGCUCGGGUCCCCGUCUGCUUCCUGUCCGUGGCCUGAAUGAGGUGUUCAUCGGAGAGUCUCUCUCCAGCAGGAUUAAGUGCUUACCCUUCAAACCCCAACUCACCCUCUCGCUCCAUAGGGCCUCCUACUACGAGAUCUCCAUCGACAACGGGCCCUGGGAGAAGCAGAAGAGCUCGGGCCUCAGCAUCUGCACUGGCACCGGAUCCAAAGCCUGGUCUUACAACAUCAACAAACUGACUGCACAGGCUGUUGAGGAUGUCCUCAAAAUAGGCAAAGCCAAGUCAGGCCUGGACAUCCCCAUUACUGAGGAUUUUGUUGACAAUGUGACUGAGGAGUAUAACCAGCACCUGGUGUUCAACCCGGAGGACAGCAAGCUGUUCUUCAGCAUCAGGGAGCCCAUCGUCAACAGAGUCUUCUCCAGCAGCCGCCAGAGGGGAUUUGCCAACAGGGUGUGCGUGCGUUCGCGUUGCUGGGACGCCUGCAUGGUGGUGGACGGAGGGACGUCCUUCGAAUUCAACGACGGAGCCAUCGCCACCAUCAGCCUGAGCGAGGACGAUCAGCUGAAGACCGUCCUCCUCGAUGACUAAAGCACAUCAACACCAGAAAAAAAAACCUGCCUCACUAACCUUGCUUGGACCUGUACUUCAAAGCUGGUUCAUGAGUAAACCAGGUUAAGUUAAGAGAGGUAAAUCAUCUAAUAGAAGAGCUUGGCGAAACAGCUUUGUAGUAUAGGCCCCAGCUUUUCCCACUGGGAAAGAAGCACCAUGGAAAGGGCCUACGGGCUGGAAGAAGACCAUUAACUACAAUGAAGUAUUUGCUUCUCCUCUUUCAACCUUGCCACUCAAUGGUUUUUGCAUUUUAGAAGAAAAAAACCUGGAUCACCAGUUUUUGACUCCUCUUUUUUCGCGUGUGCUUGUGUGCUGGCGUAUGAAGCUUUUACAAAUUUUGUUUUUAAUCACGCUGGGGUGUUUUUUUUCUUCCUUUCCUCCUGCCCACUGUGUCAAGCUGCAUUUGUAAGGACUGUUACAGGGAUAUUGAAGGGAACGGUAAUCUCCCCCUUCCUUCACCCCAUCCAAGAGUUGCCUUUCUUCCACUGAAUGUCAGUACGCCAUUGGAAUCAGAAUAUGGAAUCAGAAUAUGGAAUCUCCAGGAGUGCAUUAACCCAACACUAUUGGUUGCUAGCCAGCUAGGAAUUGACUAGGCUGCCAAUCGCCAUUUUACAUUGUGACCUACAAAGUAGAUAAGAAGUCAAGAUAGAUAGGGAGGAACUAGGUUGACUUGCACCCUAUGUUGCGGACGACUUCCGUUUUGGGUGAUGCACUUUCCCCCCCCUCCUCUGUUCUGGCCAAAGUGUGUCUGUAACUCAGGUCACUCGUCAAUGACGAUGCAUGUGCUAGUGACUUGGGAAUGACCUUUUAGUGCCAAAUAAAAGGCUACAUGAUUUUGCUCAAAUCACUUAUUACUACUGAAGCCAGGUUUACUUUAUGGUGACAAAGCAUUGUGUAGAAAGAUAAGUGUUUUCAAAUAAGAUUUUUAUUUGGUUUGGAUGGACACGGGGAUGUUUUUAACAAGUCCUCCUCCCCAUUCUUCCACUUGUGCCAAUGAAUGAUACAUGGUUUAUUUUAAAUCAAUACUUCUGUUUUGCCUACUCCAGCUUCUGUUUUCCAGCAAAACCUUGUCAUAAUCGAUGAUUUGAAUGAAUCCAUUUGAAAUAGAUUUCUUUUUCACCUGAUUUCACACCUUGAGCUUUGCUUUUUUGAUUCCUGGGGACUUUGAGACACUUGGUGUAUAUGAUGCAAGAAGAGAAACAUGUUUGUAUACUGAAAUUGUUACAUUGUGUAUUAAAAGGGAUUAUAUUAAGUCAAUUGUGCUUGUAUUCUUAUUGACCACAAACCGCACAUACAGAAGUAGAAAACAUUUAUUUACAAUGGGACGAACAAAUUGAUGAAGCCAUCAAAAAUACAAUAACGUUCUUAUAAAAUUAACAUAUCUAACCAUCAUGUACACAAGUACAUAAUUUUGACAAUGCAUUGUUCAGCUACCUACAUGGGCAUAGCUGAUCAUUCAGGCAUGCCCAAAUUUACAUUCUAUUACAUACUGACAUUUGACAGCUGAGGCCAUGCUGUACAAAAUGCACACUUGGCUGUUCAAAGCAAAUAGGAGCAGUAGAAAGUUUGCUUCCUUCAUUCUGUUCAAAAAGAGGAAAUUUAACUCAAUGGCCUCACUCUAGAGUGACUUCCUAGUGUAGAAUGCUUCAGUGUUUUUAUUUUCGUGCAGCGAGCACUUUCACAUCAGUAGAUUACUACAAAUUCAAGGCAGUUUUGAUUUUCUAAAACAAGCCGCAGAACAUUUCCACCGUCUUAGACAGUCUUAGAUUGUCAGACAACAAGACAAUUUUCAAAUUUCAAGUUUAACAGGACCGUGGCUUUUCCGUUGUGAAAACAUUACAGUAACAACUUUGGGAAAUUUUGACUCUUAAAACCAACAUUUAUCUUUUUUUUUU